AUGAGGAACCCGUUGUUAUUUAUCCUCUUUAUAUCAGUAUUUAACGUUGUAUACUCCGAAAAAAGUGUUAUAGUGUCGCUUCAAAGUCAAUGGAACCACACGUCUUUUAUCGCAGAAGUUAGGUAUGGGGUUUCUAUUGUUUUCUGUAUGGGUUUCGAUUUAGUGAGUUCUUGGCUUCUGAAGACGAGAAAUUAUUCUGGAGGUACCUAGAUCAGUUGGCACAAGCAAAACCGUUGCCUAGCGACAGUAAGUCCAAUUACCUUGCGAUCAUCUUUGUGUAGGGACUCAUGAACAGGAGUAUGAGACGGCAUACAAAAAUGCCGUUGCAAUUGCUGGAGAGACGAGGUCAGAUCUGAUAAAGUUGGCUUUGGCAUUGAGAAUUUAUUCUCCCAGGGUUUCUGUUUUCCGUCAGAUCGGGUCUGAUGAGCAAUCUGGUUGUGGUACUUUUGUAGUGAUUGAAGGGAAGGCAACAUGCGAUUUAAAGAGCUUGGAUCAAAUUGUGAGUGGUUCAAAGAGGUAAGCCUAUAUUGAAUUAAGUAACUUUUCAGAGAAUGGUUCCGACCUUAUACAUUUGACCAUGUACAUCCACGAUCCAAUAAUGAUGCUCCGUUUGUGAUAUUAUAUUCUGACAUUGGAACCGAGUCUUUUGCUGCAUUUCAUAAUAGGUUGGUAUCGUUGGCAAAGGCUGGUAACGUGCAAUAUGUGUUUCGGCAUUUUGCAAAGGUUAGUUCAUUUAUGGGAUGUUUAAGUUUAGUUGAUUUAUGCAAUGAGUUUAGACUUCCGUCCUGUCUCCUGUCGGAUUAUCUGGAUACGGCGCAGAAUUGGCAAUAAAGAACACAGAAUACAAAGCGGUUGAUGAUUCUGACCAAAACAUGGGUGACUUCGACGAGGAAGGAGAUCAGGAUGUUCAUGGACUUUACUUCAAUGUCCUCAGAAAGAAUCUUCCGGACAGUGAGGAGUCCUUGAAACAACUCAAAAGACAUCUUUCGGAGUUGGAAGAGUUAACUCCUUUAAAACAAUGGGAAGUCUCCGAUCUCUCAUAUCAAGCAGCUUACAAGGUAGUCAGUGAACCAUCUGAAACUGCUCUUAGCGAGUUGGUAGACAUAUCUCAGAACUUCCCUAUACGCGCCAGGAAUCUUGUGAGUAUCCGGCUGCCACAGGAUUUUCGCCAAGAGGUUAUCGCCAAUCAGAAAGUCUUGAGGGAAGGAAGCGGGAUUUCGGAAGGCGAUAAUGCGUUUUUCGUCAACGGAAUUAGCGUCGAUGUUGAUCAACUCGACGUUUUCCAAUUGUUCGACACAAUCCGAGCCGAGGAGAGACUGGCCUCUGUUUUUUAUAAUAUGGGAUUUCGGGUAAUUCGAUUUGUUUUACUUCUUUAUCCAUUUUUAGCGUGAAUAUUUAUCCUUGCUAUAUCAGCAACGAUUCCUUGAGGAGAAGACCAACUUUGCGAUCGACUACCGAGAAGCGCAUCCAAUUUAUUUGAAUAAUCUUGAUAAGGAUAAGCAAUACAAAGACUGGGGGAAUAGCGUCAAGGCUCUUCUUCAGCCAACUUACAUGGGAAUGCUCCGUCCCAUUGCCAGGAACUUCUUUACUCUUAUUUUUGUCAUUGACCCAGCAUCCCCUGAGGCCAAGAAUCUCCUCUCCGUCGGUCAUUCGCUCUACAUUCACCGAGUUCCCAUCAGGAUUGGAUUUGUCUUUGUAGUAAAUGAUGACAAAUCCGUUUCUGGGCUGACUGAUUCUGGGGUCGCACUUCUAAAUUUGUAUAAUUUUGCCAAGAACGACCGAGAUUCCGCCGCCAAGGCAAUCGAUUUGGUGUCAAAGGUAAGCCUAUGCCUCUUUAAACGACUCUUUAAGGCUCUUGAAAAUAUCGGUGCCGACUUGACCCCGGAGGCGGUUCACAAUUUCUUCAAGGCGAAGUUCCCUGGAGAAGAAAUCAAUGAUGUCUUCCAAGCUGACAGUGAUUAUGACACUGGCCGGACUGCAGGGGCAGCUUUUCUUCGAAGGAGUUUGUUGGGGAAGGUCCCAAAAGUCAUGUUAAAUGGAAUCGUCUUGGAUGACUCGUCGAUUACUCCGGAUAGAAUUGAAGAAGCGAUUCUAAUGCAAAUAAUGAGACAGACUAAUUACCUACAAAGAUCUGUGAUGAUGGGUAAAUUGACGGAUCGGGAAAAUGUUCAAGAUUGGAUUAUGAAACAGCCCGAAGUCCUUCCUCGAUUGAAUCAGAGACUUUUGGGCACUCCGCAUUCUGUUGUUAUUCAUGAUAAUGUUUAUCGUAGGUUGCCUUGUAGAUUGAGGUUAUAGUUAACUUUUAGCUUGCGGGGCAAAGAAGUCAACGGAGAUCCGGGAAUUGGGAGAGUCAGAGUUGAAUCAGUGUGUUUUGGAGAGUGUUAAACAUUUUACGAGAGAAGGUGAGGUAUAAGAAACCAUAGUGGGGAGGCUUCGGUAACUUGUUUUUACGUCUUAGUACUGCAUAGGGGCUCCUACUCUUCUACGGGACAUAUCUCAAAAAAUCCGAAAAAUCGUGCUGGUUAAGAAUAUAUUAUCCCAAGCUGCCCAAUUUUGGGUUUUAGGGGUGAAACAUCAAUUGCAAGUUGACUUAAAGCCCUAUAUAAACCCCUUUUCGCUUAAUUUUUCACAAGUUUACAAAUUUUAUGUGUAAAAUGAUGUUUCUUGAGUUUCUAAGACGUAAUAAAUAAGUCUUGGCACAAAAAUUUAUUUUUCAGACCUUCAACUUCAAGACCUUCAAGUUUUAUAUACUCUUGAUCUGCACAAGUUUUCGGAUUUUUUAAUAUAUGUCCCGUCGAAAAGUAGGAGCCCCCAUAAAAGUACUUUCCUUUAAGAUCUUUGAGGAAAAGUUGGAAAACAGUGUAAAUUUUUCAAAAAAGUCUGACUUUUUUGAAAGAAGUAUUAGUAUGUGGUUUCAGACAGUUAGAAAUGAGAUUUUAUUGGCAAACAUAUUGUAAGUAUUGUGGUUUCUUCCCGUUAUGGACGGACAUGAUGAGUUUAUGUAAUAGUGAAAUUAUUCCAGUCGCUGAGAAGACAAGAUGGCUAACCCUUUGGGUUGUGGUCGAUUUUGAAUCGAAAAGUGGUCGCUGGAUUGCCUUGAAUGCUCUGAAGGCAUUAAAAAAGUCAAAAACAACUCGCGUUGGAUUUAUUCAAUCUGGUGAUGUCAACUCCCCAUUAAACAAAUUCAUUCAUGGAAUCAUCAGGAUUCUUCCUAUGGAGGUGGCUAAAGAAGUAUUGACUAAGAAGUUAAGCGAUGAGAAGUGGUUACGAGAUGCCGUUCAGAAUCCUCUUCUCCUGGAAGAAUUGAAAGUCAAAGUAAGCAUGGCAUCAUAGACUUGGCAUUUGUAGGAUUUGGAUGUUGCUGCGUUCAAAAAAGAACAUUCGAAUUUGGAUUAUUUCGAUUUGAAACUGGAGAAUGAGUUUUCCCGAAGAGUAGUUGGAGAAGGCAAACAAGCUGUUAUCACCAACGGCGAAGUCUUUGGCCCUUUUGAAGCGUCUGAAACUCUCGAAUCUGAAGACAUUUCUCUCCUUGAACAUCUUGCCAAACAGCGAGGAGCGAUUGAACUGGCAGAAUCUAUUGAGAAAAUGGACGUUCCUCUAACGAAUGACAAGUCUAGCGAUGUUUUCUUAAGAGUUUCAACAGCGUUUUCAAAGUACGCAGUGAAGAAGGAACGGCGGCAACUGAGCCUGGCUUCGGAUACUGAAAGUGUUGUUUAUCUGCUGGCUGGAGAUCAGAAAAGAGGAGUGCUCGAUCUUACUCUGGUGGUGGACCCAUUGAGUAAAGGAGCACAGAAGUUGUCAGCAGUUGUUACUGGAUUGGCUAGAGUAAUCAACUGUGAUAUCAAAAUAGUCAUGAACCCUAAGGCUAAACUCAGUGAAUUACCCUUGAAAAGGUUUUUCCGAUUCUCACUCUACGAGGAAUUGCUUUUCGAUCCAAAUGGAAAAGUGGUCAACCCUGUGGUCACUUUUUCCGAACUCCCUAACAAGCAGUUAUUAACUUUAAACAUUAUCCCUCCGGACGCAUGGAUGGUUCAGCCAAUAUUUGCUAAAUAUGAUUUGGAUAAUAUUAAAAUGGAUUCCGUAAGUCUUCUGAUUAACUGCUUAACUUCUUAGGUUGGACAAGAUGAUGUCAUUGCUGUUUACGAAUUGGUUCACAUUCUCUUGGAAGGUCACUGUUUUGACGUUGAGAGCGGAUCCCCACCCAGAGGGUUACAGUUCAUUCUGGGAACGCCGAAAACUCCUGCUAUCUUUGACACUAUCGUAAUGGCUAAUUUGGUAAGCGCGAGAUGCUUGUCUGAACUCUUCUAGGGUUACUUCCAAUUGAAAGCUUCUCCUGGCGCCUGGGUACUGCAACUUCGAGAGGGACGGUCACGAGACAUAUAUGAUAUUCAUAACCAUACCAACACCGAGAGUCAGCAAGGUGUCCAGAAUAUCAGAGUUGUCAUUGACAGCUUCUUGGGCCGGGUUAUUCGAGUUCGCGUCGGGAAGAAGCCUGGAAAAGAGAACGAGGGACUUCUGUCGGAUACCGGCAGUAAAGAUGAAGUCCCGAUGUUCCCAGAAGAAGAGGAAGAAUCGAUUUGGUCUUCAUUAUCGAAUAAAUUAGUUGGUGGAGAGAAGCACGAUCAAAUCAACAUAUUCUCUUUGGCUUCGGGUCAUCUGUACGAAAGGUUUAUUAGAAUUAUGAUGGUAUCAGUAGUCAAGAACACAAAGCAUCCUGUUAAAUUCUGGCUCCUGAACAAUUACUUGUCUCCGCAGUUCAGAGUAAGUGUUCGCAUUGGAGGACAGUUUAUUUUUAGGAAUCUUUACCUAAAAUGGCCAAGUUUUACGGGUUUGACUUCGAAUUGGUAGAAUAUAAAUGGCCUAGAUGGCUUCAUCAACAAUCAGAAAAACAGCGGAUUAUGUGGGGAUACAAGAUCCUUUUCCUCGACGUCCUCUUCCCCCUUAACAUAAAGAAAAUCAUCUUUGUUGAUGCUGAUCAAGUUGUUCGUACUGAUAUGAUGGAACUCAUGAAUUACGACUUGGGUGGGGCUCCAUAUGGCUACACUCCCUUCUGUGACAGUCGAUCUACCAUGGAAGGAUUUAGAUUCUGGAAGAAGGGCUACUGGGCGAAUCAUUUGGCUGGCCGCAAGUAUCAUAUCAGUGCGUUAUACGUAGUAGAUCUGGCCAAGUUCCGACAAAUCGCCGCGGGUGAUAGACUUCGAGGACAAUACCAGGGACUCAGUGCCGACCCAAAUAGUCUUUCCAAUUUGGAUCAGGAUCUCCCCAAUAAUAUGAUCCAUCAAGUCAGGAUCAAGAGCUUGCCUCAAGAAUGGCUGUGGUGUGAGACAUGGUGUUCCGAUGAAACCAAGCAACAAGCGAAGACAAUAGACUUGGUAAGCACAAAAAUAAAAUGUUUAUUCUUUUAGUGCAAUAAUCCGGAGACCAAAGAACCAAAGUUGGAUUCAGCCAUGAGAAUUAUUCCUGAAUGGACGGACUACGAUAACGAAAUCAAGAGAGUUCUGAACGGGGAAUUGAAGCCAGAGGAAAAGGAUAGUCAUUCUGAAUUGUAA